GGUCAAAAUGUACAAAACGAUACGACACGGCGAGAACAGUUUGCAAUAUACGAUAUUACCGCAGAACGAUGAUUUUCGCAUUGAGGGAAAGCUGUCAACUGCAAAUCGUUUGGCUGGCAACACAUCCUCGUCAGCAUCCGGAUCCGCAUCCGCAUCCGGGUCCGCUUCAUCAUCGUCGUCCGCCUCUUGCUCGUCCAAUGGCCACAAGCGUAGCUCGGGAGCGACACGCAAACGUCGCACAUUCUUUGCAUAUUUGGGUCUAAUCUUCGUUUGUACCGUCAUCAUUGGUGCGGUGCUUAUACCGUUUCUGGUGUCCGCCGAGUGUUUGCCCAGUCCCACAGAAUGGUUCCUCAAAACGAAGGCAGCGUUCACGCACAGCGGCGACAGGCAGUCCCAGCAGCAGCAGCAGCAGCAGCAACAAUUGCAGUUGCAACAUAUUGCAAUAAAACCAGCAGCAACAACAAGCAAUGUCGCUGCUCCUGUUGAUCCUCCAGUGGCAGCAAUGCUUGGCCAGAAUGUGGGCAAAACUGUGCAGAUUGUUAAUCGCAAUGGCAUUGAGCAGUUUAUACUGAAAUUCAACAGGACAAUGCCGAUCAACAGCAGCAGCAGCACCACCACCACCACAACAACAACAACUACAAGCACAACAACAACAAGCACCACAGCAGCAACAACUAUUGGCAUACCAGCAACUGAACAGGCAGCUGUUGUGCCUGCAACACCAGCAACACCUGCAACAACAAUAUUGUCAACGAUUGCAACUGUUGCUGCCACCGCCCCACCGCUGAGCAAUGCUCGCCAAUUGCCAGCAACAAUUACCACACGCAUCAUACAAGUACCGCUACUCAAGUCGGCUGCCAAGAAGCCCAUCAUGCCGCCCGUCUUGGCCAAGACGCAGAGCAACUCCCAACAGGAACAACAGUCUACUAGCAACACGGAUGGGCAACAGAAUACGAGCAACAACAACGACGCUUGGAUGAAGACACAUUGGGCCUAUAUUGAUCCAUCGACAUAUGUCCAGUGGUCUGGUUACAAGGAGGAUAGCGUGCUGUUGCCCGCCCUGCUUGGAUUUGCACUCAUUGGCAUGAUUCUAAUUAUAACGGUCUGCUUGGUGGCACGCAACAAGCGCACCAUCGUAUCCUCCGUGCGCAAGCGAAAUCGUAACGAAAUUUUUUAUGAUAAUGCCACACUGCUCACAACAACAAAUCUGUCCGACGAUGAUUAAUUAGAUAUAAUACUAUAAAAAUGCAAUCUAUGCGUGUGUCCCA